AUGCUUCUUCUUGCUCGUUUAUUCAAUAUUUAUUCGAUUCGUCAUUCUAGUAAAACCCGUGAAUACUUUGCCAAUCUCAAAAAAUUCUAUCGUUCAACAACAUUGGAUUUAUUUAUGGCAUCAACUAAUCGAACAUGUUUUGUCUUUGAUAAAGAAGAAUCAACAAAAAUUCUUAUUCAAAUGAUCUAUGAAAUACCAACAACAACAGUACGUCGUAAAUUUAAUUUAUUACGUUCUGUUGAUGAAUCCGUUUCACAAACUAUACGUCGUUUAACAGCAAAUAUUGAACGUUCUUCAAAAAAAGUCAAUUUUAAAGCAAAUAAACGUCGUGAAAAACAACAGAAUAAUAGUUCUAAUACUUCUACUGAACAAGACUCUAUUAUUAUUCAAUUACUUGAUAGUAAUAAUGAAAUAAUUGAUGAAAAUCAAACUAAUAAACAAGCAUGGUUAAGCUGUCGAAAAUUAUUAAUUAAUGAACAAACUUAUGAUGUUGAAUAUAAUGCACCAGCUGUUAUAAAGUUUCGUUUUCCUGAUAUUAUUAUGACAAAUACAAUAGUUACAGCAUUAGUAGAUUUAGAUUAUGGUGAUUGGGAACAUUCAUUAUUUGAUUGGUAUGUAACAGAUGAAAUAAAAAUACAAGCGAAUGAUGAAAAUGAAGAUACGAUUGAUGAUAGUCAAUGGAUACAUGUACAUCGUGGUCCAUUUUGUACCUUUCAUGAUGAACAUGUUAAUAAAUAUGUACGUCUUUCAUGUUUACCUCGAAAUGAUUUACUACGGCAAGGUAUGCAAGCUGUACAUGUAUCAAAAGCACGAAUUAUUCCAUGUCCCAUUGAUUUACCAAUGAAUACAAGGCAUCAAUUAACACAAGAUUAUUUUCCAAUUGAUUCAAAUGAUCUUCGUCUAGUUUCUUAUAAUAUAUUAGCAAAUGGAUAUGCAUCAUCAACUGGUGCAGGAGAGAUUAUAUAUCCAUAUUGUCCACAAGAUUAUCUUGAACAUGAUUAUCGAAAACCACUUCUUCUAAGAGAAAUAUUAGGUUUUCAUGCUGAUAUAAUAUCAAUACAAGAAUGUGAUACAAGAUUUUUUGAACGUGAACUUUCAUUAGUAUUAAAAGAACAUGGAUAUUUAGGUGAUAUGAAAAUAAAAAGUGAAAAUGUACAAGAAGGUGAAGCAAUUUUUUAUCGUAAAGAUCGAUUUACUGCUAUUAAUAGUCAUAGUAUAAGAAUAGGUGACUAUUUGCGUGAUUCAAAACAUCUAGAACAUAUUCGUCAACGAUGUGUACUAGUACCGGAAAUUAAUACACAUUUAUUAGAACGAAAUACUAUAUUACAAGUUUUAGCAUUGCAACCACAAGGACAAACUAAUGAAAUAUUCUUAAUAUGCAAUACACAUUUAUACUUCCAUCCUACAGCUGAUAUUGUUCGAUGUUUUCAAGUUGUAGUGUCUUGUGAACAUAUCAAAGAAGUCAAACAAUUUUAUGAACAACAAAAUAAAAAUGUUUCAAUUAUAUGGAGUGGUGAUUUCAAUGCUAAUGUAACAUCAUUAGCAUUUCAAUUUCUUUUUUCUGGUUGUCUAUUAACUGAUACAAAUCAUCGUUCAUAUAAUGAAGAUUAUGCGACGUUAAUAAAAGAUUUUAAUCAUAAUUCUUCAUUAGAAUUAAGUACUUAUUCUCAAUAUGCUUAUACAAAUUAUAUGUUAAAUUUUCAUGGUGUUAUUGAUCAUAUAUUUUUUGAAGGAAAAAAAUUUCAAUUUAAACGUUGUAUACCAAUGCCAACACAUGAAGAAGUAACGGAAUUUUCAGCUUUACCAAGUUGUAAAAUUCCUAGUGAUCAUUUGGCUGUUGUGGUAGAACUUGAAAUGAUUAAAUAA